AUGCCGACGUGCACCUACUGCACCGAUGCACCGACUGCUGCACCGCGCACCGACCGAUCCGUCGGCACUCACUCACAUACGCGGGCGGUUCCCACCGCUCAAACGUUGGGGUUUUUGUCUGGGCCACGUGGCGAGGAGAGUCCGCCUAUCUCUGGACCCUGUCGCCCUGCCGCCCCUGAUUUCGCCCUGCAGGCCCUGUACCCCACACUCCCCACCACCAGAAAUCGCGACCGCUGCAAACCACUGGGGACAGGAGAAAUCCAAUCCAAAGCCCCCGAGUCCCAGUUGGGGCAACCAACCCGUCCACCACCUACCGACCACCACCGACCACUGCAGCACACCACUGCACAACCGCACACCGCGGCUCGGCCCUCUCCCCCUCCAACCGCCCAGCAUGGCGUCCCUCUUCAGCGGUCCCCCUCCCACCCGCCCCUCGUUCUGCACUCGCCUGCAGCUCGCGUUCACAUCCUCGUCCCCGCCUCCCCCCUCUCCGCCUGGGUUGCCUCUGAGGUCGCCGCCCAGGAGUUCCACGACUCUCGCAUCGCCGACGACGAUGUUCCCGCCCCCGUCGACGAGGACGACGAGGACGCCGUGGCCGCCGAGCCCACCAACGAGCCCCAGGUCAAGCUCCUCGCUCGUUUCCUCUCGUUCGUUGCCGACAAGGUCGCUUCUGAGCCUUCCGAUGAGCUCGUCCAGGUCCUCCUUGCGACCUACGAGCGCUUCAACGAGCUCUUCCUGAGCUCCGAGAACGUUCUCUCGCUCGUUCAGGACUACCAGCCCGAGGUCCGCGCUGAGGUCCUGACCGCCUACUUCAAGGCUUUCGCGGCUCUCCGCAAGGCUCUCGGCGACUCUGCCGUCAAGAUUGCCCACCCCGCUGCCCUCCUCGAGGCCGCCAAGCAGGGUGAGGCCGAGCUCUACGCCCUUUUCGGUGGACAGGGUGUCAACGAGACCUACUUCGACGAGCUCCAGUCGCUCUUCAACGUCUACCGCCCCUUCGUCGAGGAGUACCUCGAGAAGCUCACCGAGCAGGUUCUCGUCCCGCUCGCCCAGAAGGCCGACGCCGACGGCUUCCCCUACUACUCGCAGGGUCUUGACCUCAUCGGCUGGCUCCGCGGCACCGCUGCCCGCCCCACCACCGAGUACCUCGCCUCGAUCCCCCUGUCGCUCCCCCUGAUCGGCACCACCCAGCUCACCCAGUACUGGAUCGCCGGCAAGGUGGCUGACGUUAACCCCGGAGAGCUUCGCUCGCUCUUCGGCGGUGCUACGGGCCACUCGCAGGGUCUCGUUUCGGCCAUUGCUGUCGCUGCCUCCGACUCGUGGGAGUCGCUCGAGGCUAACAUUGCCAAGGCCGUCCGCCUGCUGUUCUUCAUCGGUCUCCGUGGUCAGGAGGCCUUCCCCAUCGUUGCCAUUGAGCCCGAGAUCAUUGCCGACACCACUGCCAACAACGAGGGCACCCCCACCCCUAUGCUCGCCGUUAACGGCUUGAGCCGCAAGGCCCUCGAGGGCCACAUCGAGAAGGUCAACGCCUUCCUUCCCGAGAACGCCAAGGUCGGCAUCUCGCUCUUCAACGCCGCGACCAUGUUCAUUGUUACUGGUCCCCCCAAGUCGCUCUACGGUCUCGCUACCGCCCUCCGCAAGGUCAUGGCCCCCGCCGGUCUCGACCAGGGCCGCAUUCCCUUCUCGAAGCGCAAGGCUGUUUUCAACAUCCGCUUCCUGCCCAUCAACGUCCCCUACCACUCGGACUACCUCCAGGGCUGCACUGAGCGUCUCCUGAAGAACGACUUCUCGGACGACUGGUCCGCUUCCGAGCUCGCCAUCCCCGUUUACAACACCGAGGACGCCGAGAUUGCUUCCGCUAACGUUAUCUCAGGCUCUGACAUGCGCAAGACCGCCGGCUCGAUUGCCGAGAGCGCUCUUGACCAGAUCUUCACCAAGCACAUCCACUGGGCUAAGGCUUGCAACUUCCCGUCGACCGCUACCCACGCCGUCGACUUCGGCCCCGGAGGCAACUCUGGUGUCGGAUUCCUCGUCUCCCGUGUCACUGAGGGCCGCGGCGUUCGCACUAUCGUUAUUGGCGAGAAGGGCGCUGCCGCUGCCGAGUUCUACGAUGCCAACAAGGUUCGCUCCGAGCCCGCUUGGCAGCGCGAGUACCACCCCCGUCUCGUUAAGACUCUUGACGGCAAGAUCAACAUUGACACCCCCUUCUCGCGUCUUCUCGGCAAGCCCCCUAUCAUGGUCCCGGGUAUGACCCCCACCACUGUCGGUGCCAACCUUGUUUCGGCCACUCUCAACGCUGGCUACCACAUUGAGCUUGCUGGUGGUGGUCACUUCGCCCCCUUCAUUCUCCGUGCCAAGGUUGACGAGCUUAUGCGCCGCAACAAGCCCGGUCUCGGUAUCACGGUGAACGCGCUGUACAUCAACCAGCCCCAGUUCACCUUCCAGUACCCCCUCCUCCAGGAGAUGCGCCGCGAGGGUCUCCCCAUUGAGGGCUUCUGUAUCGCUGCUGGUAUCCCCAGCUCGGACAAGGCUACCGAGAUCAUCACCAACAUCAAGAACGCUGGCCUGAAGCACAUUGCCUUCAAGCCCGGAUCGACUGAGGGUAUCCGUCAGGUUGUCAACAUUGCCCGUGCCAACCCCGACUUCCCCAUCAUCCUCCAGUGGACUGGUGGCCGUGCCGGUGGUCACCACUCGGCUGAGGACUUCCACCAGCCUAUCAUCUCCACCUACUCGUCGAUCCGCAAGUGCCCCAACAUCUCGCUCAUUGCUGGAUCCGGUUUCGGUGGUGCUGAGGACGUCUGGCCCUACAUCUGUGGUGACUGGUCCACCAAGUUCGGCCUGCAGCCCAUGCCCUUCGACGGUGUUCUCUACGGUUCGCGUGUCAUGGUCGCCAAGGAGGCCGACACCGCGCCCCAGGUCAAGAAGCUCAUCGUCGAGGCCCCCGGUGUCGACGACUCGGAGUGGGAGGGCACCUACGACAAGCCUACUGGUGGUAUCCUCACCGUCCGCUCCGAGCUUGGUGAGCCCAUCCACAAGAUUGCUACUCGUGGUGUCAAGCUCUGGCGCGAGUUCGACGACACUGUCUUCAACCUGCCCCGUAACAAGCGCAAGGCUUGGCUCGAGAGCAAGAAGGACUACGUCAUUGAGCGCCUCAACGCCGACUUCAACAAGCCCUGGUUCCCCAUGAAGAAGGGUGGUGUUGCCGUCGACGACCUCGCCAAGAUGACCUACGAGGAGGUCACCCGCCGCAUGAUCCAGCUCAUGUAUGUUGAGUCGGACAAGCGCUGGGUCGACAUCUCGCUCCGUAACCUCACUGGUGACUGGCUCCGCCGUGUCGAGGAGCGCUUCGCUGGAGUUGAUGGUAUCCGCACCAAGGAGUCCCUCCUCCAGAGCUUCUCUGCUCUUGACGACCCCAUCCCCACCGUUGACGCCUUCUUCAACCACUAUACCAAGGGUAAGGAGCAGCUCAUCGGUGCCGAGGACAAGGCCUACUUCCUUAGCAUUGCCGGCCGCCCCUUCCAGAAGCCCGUUCCCUUCAUCCCCGUCUUCGAUGACAACUUCGAGUUCUGGUUCAAGAAGGACUCGCUCUGGGUUGCCGAGGACAUUGAGGCCGUCUUUGACAAGGACGCCCAGCGUGUCUGUAUCCUCCAGGGUCCCAUGGCCGUCAAGCACUCCAAGGUCGUUGACGAGCCCAUCGCCGACCUCCUCGGCAACAUUGAGGGUCUCCUGACCAAGUACAUCCUUGAGCGUUACUACGACAACGAUGAGUCCAAGGUUCCCACCCUUGACUACAUCGGUGCCCGCCCCAGCCAGGCCCACACCAUGUACGCCAAGGAGUCGGUUGAGGGUGGUGCUCGCUACCUCUCGCUCACCGACAAGCUCCCCCGCGUCGAGGACUGGCUCCAGCGCAUUGCUGGCCCCAAGCUCUCGUGGCUCCGUGCUGCCCUCACCACCCCCAACGUUGUCCAGGGCAAGAAGUACGCGACCAACCCCUUCCGUCGUAUCUUCGCUCCCCGCAAGAACCAGACCGUUCGCAUCACCCCCGCUGAGGGUGAGCCCGAGAAGGUUGAGGUCUUCGGUGCCAUCCGCUCCGCCGGUAACUCGCCCAAGGACUUCAAGGCUGUCGAGCUCUCGUUCGACCGAAAGACCCGCGUCAUCACGAUGCAGCUCAACGAGGAGCGCCUCGGCUCGUCGGUUCCCCUCACCUUCACCUUUGAGUACAAGCCCGAGCAGGGCUACGCUCCCAUCCACGAGGUCAUGGAGGGCCGCAACAAGGCCAUCAAGGACUUCUACUGGCGUCUCUGGUUCGGUGACAACGAGAAGCUCCCCAGCCUCCCGCUUGACAACACCUUCACCUGCGGUGCCACCACCGUCGACCCCGCCACCAUCCAGCGCUUCUGUGACGUUGUUGGCAACCAGGGUGAGAAGUUCAAGGCCGCUCGCAACAACGAGAUCCUCGCUCCCAUGGACUACGCCAUUGUCCUUGGCUGGCAGUCUAUCAUGAAGACCAUCUUCCCCGAGGCCAUUGACGGUGACCUCAUCAACCUCGUCCACCUCUCGAACGGCUUCCGCUUCAUCGAGGGUGUCGCGCCCCUCAAGGCCGGCGACGUCUGCACCACCGAGGCUCGCGUCACCUCUGUCACCAACUCUGACAGCGGCAAGACCGUCAAGGUUAAGGGCUACGUUCUCCGUGACGGUGAGGCCGUCAUCGAGGUCAACUCUGCCUUCCUCUACCGCGGCAAGUUCACCGACUACGAGAACACCUUCGAGACCAUCGAGGAGCCCGACUACGUCGUCAAGCUCGACAAGCCUACCUCGGUCGGCGUUCUCCAGUCCAAGCCCUGGUUCGAGUGGGACGACGACUCGGUUCCCCUUGACAUUGGCACCGAGCUCACCUUCAAGGUCAAGACCAAGCUUACCUUCAAGGACAAGUCGACCUACCAGGCCGUCAAGGUCACUGGUGCUGCGUUCAUCCGCAGCCAGACCAAGCAGCUCGUCCAGGUCGCCACCGUCGACUACGAGGCCCACAACUCCAAGGGUAACCCCGUUGUCGAGUACCUCAAGCGUCACGGCAAGGCCGUCGGCCUCCCCGUCCCUCUCGAGUCGGGUGGCUACUCGCUCAUCACCGACCCCGCCACCGCCACCUACCGCACCCCGGCCUCGAACGAGAACUACUCCAAGAUCUCGGGUGACUUCAACCCCAUCCACAUCAACCCGUACUUCUCGGACUUUGCCAACCUCCCUGGCACCAUCACCCACGGCAUGUGGUCUUCGGCCGCUACCCGCAAGUACGUCGAGUCUGUCGCUGCGGACAACCACCCCGAGCGCGUUCUCUCGUACGACGUCAACUUUGUCGGCAUGGUUCUUCCUGGCGACGAGAUCAACGUCAAGCUUACCCACACCGCUAUGCGCGACGGUAAAAAGGUGAUCAAGGUCGAGGCCUUCAACCAGGACGGCCAGAAGGUCAUCGACGGUCAGACCGAGGUUCUCCAGCCCCCUACCACCUACGUCUUCACCGGACAGGGUUCGCAGGAGGUUGGAAUGGGUAUGGAGCUCUACAACAACUCCGAGGUCGCUCGCGCCGUCUGGGACGCUGCCGACGCGCACCUUACCUCCACCUACGGCUUCUCCAUCAUUGACAUUGUCAAGAACAACCCCAAGGAGCUUACCAUCCACUUUGGUGGUGUCAAGGGCCAGGCUAUCCGCCAGCGCUACAUGGAGCUCACCUACGACUCGAUCGACGAGAACGGCCAGGUCAAGACCCAGCCGCUCUUCGGCGACAUCGACCUCUACACCACGAGCUACACCUUCUCGCACCCCCAGGGUCUUCUGUUCGCUACCCAGUACACUCAGAUCGCCCUUGUCGUUACCGAGAAGGCCGCGUUCGACGACAUGAAGGCCAAGGGCCUCAUCGACCAGAACGCUCCCUUCGCCGGUCACUCGCUCGGAGAGUACUCUGCUCUCGCGUCGAUUGCCGACGUCCUCCCGAUCUCGGCCCUGUCCGAUGUCGUGUUCUUCCGUGGUAUCACCAUGCAGCGCGCUGUCAAACGUGACGCUGAGGGCAAGUCUCAGUACGCCAUGAUGGCUGUCAACCCCUCGCGUGUUGGCAAGUCGUUUUCUGAGCCGGCUCUCCGCGAGAUCGUUGACCAGAUCUCGAAGCAGAAGGAGGUUCUGCUCCAGAUUGUCAACCUCAACGUCGCCGACCAGCAGUACGUCACUGCUGGUGAGCUCCGUGGUCUCGCCACCCUUACCAACGUCCUCAACAUGCUCAAGCACCAGAAGAUCGACCUCGAGAAGCUCUCCAAGACCAUGUCUGUUGAGCAGCUCAAGGAGCACCUCACUGAGAUCAUCAACGGCUGCUGGGACAUGAUGGAGGAGAAGAAGAAGAAGGACGGCGGCCAGGUCAACCUGGAGCGUGGCUACGCCACCAUCCCCCUCCCUGGUAUCGACGUUCCCUUCCACUCGCGCUACCUCUGGCCCGGUGUCCUGUCGUUCCGCAACUACCUCAUCAAGAAGAUCGACCCGGAGCACCUCAACCCCGACCGUCUCGUCGACAAGUACAUCCCCAACCUCAUCGCCGAGCCCUUCGAGGUUACCAAGGAGUACGUCCAGAAGAUCUACGACGAGACCAACUCGCCUCGCAUGGAGUCCGUUCUCAAGGGCUGGGAGUCCGAGUCCUGGGCUUCGCCCCAGAACCGCCAGCGCCUUGCGUACAACAUCCUGACCGAGUGUCUCGCCUACCAGUUCGCCUCGCCCGUGCGCUGGAUCGAGACCCAGGACGUCCUCUUCCAGAAGGCCAAGUUUGAGCGCUUCAUCGAGGUUGGCCCCGGCCCCGUCCUCUCGGGCAUGGCUACCCGUACCCUCAAGGCCAAGUACGAGGCCCAGGACGGUGCUCGCUCCCUCAAGCGCGCCAUCCUCUGCCACGCCAAGAACCAGAAGGAGGUCUACUACGCCUUCGAGGACGAGGCCGCCGAGGAGGCUCCCGCCGCCGGUGGCGACGAGGCCCCCAAGGAGGCCGCCCCCGCCCCCACUGCUGCGCCCGUUGCCGCCCCCGUCGCUGCCCCCGCUGCCUCGGCCGGCCCCGCCCAGCAGGUCGAGGACGCUCCCCCCAAGGCCGUCGACACUGUCCGUGUCAUCGUUGCGCAGAAGCUCAAGAAGCAGGCCGGCGACAUCCCGCUGUCCAAGUCGCUCAAGGAGCUUUCUGGCGGCAAGUCGACUCUGCAGAACGAGAUUCUCGGCGACCUGCAGACCGAGUUCGCUUCCGCCCCGGAGAAGGGUGAGGACCUCCCUCUCGACGAGCUUGGUGCCGCUCUCUCCGUUGGCUACGGCAACCUGGGCAAGCACUCCAUGGGUCUCACCAACCGUAUGAUUGCUUCCAAGUUCCCUGGUGGCUUCAACAUCUCCGCCGCGCGCAACCACCUCAACAAGACCUGGGGUCUUGGUCCUCAGCGUGCCGACGCCGCGCUCUUCUUCGGUAUCCUCUCCGAGCCGCCUAAGCGUCUCGGCUCCGAGGCCGAGGCCAAGGCGUUCCUCGACUCGAUCGCCCAGUCGUACGCCUCGUACUCUGGCAUCACCCUGUCGACUGGCGGCGGUGCUGCCGGUGGCGGCGGCGGUGGCGGCGGUGCCGUCAUGAACAGCGAGGAGUUUGACAAGUUUGUCGCCAAGCAGGCCGAGCACGUCGAGCGCGAGAUCGAGCUGCUCCACCGCUACCUCGACCGCGACGGCCGUGCCGGCGAGAAGAAGGCCGAGAACCACAAGGCCGAGGCCGAGGCGCUCCAGGCCAAGCUCGACGCCAUCAAGCUCGAGCACGGCGACGCCUACAUUGACGGCAUUGCCCCCGUCUUCUCCCCGCUCAAGGCGCGUACCUUUGACUCGUCCUGGAACUGGGCCCGCCAGUCCUCGCUCCAGCUCUGGUACGACAUCAUCCACGGCCGUCUCGACCCGAGCACCAUCUUCGAGUCGGAGCCGAGGUACAGGCCUACUGAGCGCUCCUAA